AUGCUUGAUAUAAAUCAUCACCACUUAAAUAAUGGAAGGACCACCAAAUCUAGGUAAGGAAUAAAAUGUAAAUAAGAUAAUAUUAAAAUAAAUGUAAAUAAGAGAAAUUAUAGGAUGACUCCCCAGAGAAAAGUGACAGGAUUUAACAUUUGAUGCUUUUCAUUAUCAAUGUCACCAGUCCACAGCAUAGUUACAGUGCCCGCAGAGAGAAGAGCAAAGUUAGGCUCAAUGACCAGCUGUGAGUAGUCUUAUAAGUCUUAUGUCACUUUUCCAAAGAAACAUUAAAUCGAAAUAGAAAAAAAAAGUAUUUUCUUAGUGGUGAUAACUUGAAUUCAGUUUGUUUGUUUUUUUCUUCAGCAUACCAAAACCAACCGAAAUAAAUAUGGGGUGAGUACAUUUUUCUGCAGGGACACAAACAGAUACUGGCUUUUUUUCAGUGUUCAUGAUUUAAGGUUUCGAUAUGCCACAAAAUUUAACACACUUCAUCUAGGUAUCAACUCCUCAUAUCCCAACAGGGAAAAAAUGAUCAAGAUCGCAAUGCCCAAACAGCAUCCCUAUUCAUCCCACAUCUCCAAGUUUGCCAUGUUUCCGUCUUUCCAUCCUCCAGAGGAUCCUGAAACAGGAGUCAGAGCUGCUUCCAAACCUUUCCUCAGUCCUCUGAUCCCAAACAGAGCACCAGAUGUCACUGUGUUGAGCAAAACCAUUGGUAAACAGGCAACAUAUUUAGAUAGAAUUAAGUCACAAAACAGAUCUGUGAUUUCGGUAUUUCUAUGCAUAGGUGCCCCCUUUAGACAUGAGAUCUUGGAGUCCCCUAUCAGCCAAAGUAAGAAAACUGUAAUGUGGACAGGUGAACAUGGCUUCUUGGACGUGAGUACUGAAGCACUGUACAGUAGUUGGGUUCAUGCUGUAUAAAAUGAUUGAAAGUGUCAGGGUAACAUAGUUAAUGUUUGCCAUCUUGCUCCAGUAUACAAAGCCCCUGAAGGGACAGAACCAGGUCUUCUACCCCACUCCACCCAAGACAGUGCUGCCCAACCCAAGACUCUGUGACUGGGAUUUGACAUUAUCAGAGCGGACAUGCAACAUGCUGAGAAACUUAGAGAGGACACACUGGCUCACCUCUUACCAAAUGAACUACACAGGUAAGGAUGCUUUUAUAAUGUUAAGAUGAUGAGAAUGGCAUGAAAUAACAGUGGUGGAAAGGGGACUGAAUGUUAUUCUUAUUUCUUGAUUUAAAAAACAAAAGAACAAAAACAGACAAAGCUGUUAAUUAGAAUCCACCCAUCUAAAAGCCCUCAAGAAAUACAUGUAAUACUAUAUAUUGGGAGAAAAUGCACUAAUGAUAUGAUUCAAUACAAUAUAUAACUCAAUACAAUGAGAAACUAUUCAACAUGAUAAAUUUAGGUGCAAUAUAAUUCUAUACAAAAUGAUACAGUAUGAUACGAUAUCAAACAACAGAUAUGAUACAGUACCAUAAGAUUACGAGUAUGAUCUCAUACUGCAUGAUACAAUAAAAGCACAACAUGAUAGGAUUCAAUUUGAUACAAUAUGAUAACAUAUGAUGUGAUGCAAUAUAAUACAAUACAAUUUGAUAAAUGUUCCAUUCGGUACAUUUAUUGUUCCCUUAGAGUAACUAGUCUCAGCCCAAAAUGGUUUUUUUUUGCCUCCACAUUACCAAUGAAAAAAAACACAGCAAAAAUAACAACAAUCCAUAUGUAAACAGAAAAGGAACAUAUAAAAAAGACACAAUCCUCUUACUUGUUGGACCCCAGUCCACUUCCAAAGUUGUGUUUGCCUCUCUGACAGGAAGGUGAAAAGGAUUUACAAGAAAAACAGGCUACAUUAUGCCAUCAAUAAUUAUAAGAGCUUCAGCAUGUACAAUCACUUUGCAAAUAAAUAAAUAAUGCAAUAGUGGAGUGUGUGAUUUCAACAUUUUUAAUGAAUAAUUAUGUAAAUUUUUGUCUCUCCUAUUAAAAGUUUGAUUUUGUAUUAAAGGAUUGGGGCCAGCAAACCCGCUGAAGAUGGAUGAUUUUGUGGUAAAACAGAGUAAUCCAGUCGGAAUGGAUUUACAUAGGACACUGCUGGUAAGACUCUCAGGAAUAAUAUACCUUUUGUAAAGCAACAUUUAUGGUAUGUAAUUACCAAGCUCCUAAUGAGCUCCUUUCCUUGUAGAGGGAGCGCUCCUUCCCUGUGUUUGUUCCUUCUAAACCAACACAAGGAUGUAGAGGACGGCAAAGGAGCUGUGAGGGGAGAAGCACCCUCAGUCCUGCUGCUGCUGAUCACCCAAAUCUAUCUGAAUUUCCAAAACAUAGAACUGCUUCAGCUCUUACAAACCAACCCAGGCCCCUAGAGACCACGGUUAAGUAUGAGGCACCAGCCCCCGACCGCAAGGGUCACAGCCAAUCAAAGAACAGCGCUGGGUCCACAGAGGCACCAAGCAACGAGCUGCCCCAGGAGGUCUUGCAUGAACAACAAAGUGAAGGAAAAAUCUCUGCAUAUGAGAGCGGAAAAAAAGGAAACUGUAAAGUCCGGUUUGAUCAAAGUGUGUCACAGAGCUGCCAAGAGGCUAACACUGUCCUGAUCACAGACACAGAGCAACCCUUGGAUCUGUACAACCGUCCCCCUUCCCACAGAGAGAUGGAGGUCAACAGAGAGAAAAGCCUGUCCGAUCAUGAUGAACCAUGCAAUAAAAAGAAAAAUGUAAAAGUUGAUAGAAAUGUACAGAAUCAGUCAUUUGGAGCCAAAGAUCUAGCAGGUGUUGAGUCAGAGUUAUUAUGUAGGUCUUAUGAGCAAGAGAAACUUGUAAAAAGCAAAGAAAUGCCAUACAGUACCUGUAACCCCUGCAUCCUGCCCAGGCCCUCUGCCCUACCUGACAUUCCCUGUAAGGGCACAGUAGGAACUCUCAGCCUCUUGGAUCUUCAAAAUUCAUUCAGUAAGACUGCUGCCCAUCACAACUUCAACAGCUCUAUAACACAUACUCCUGUAAACCUGAGGGACAAUGUCAUCUCAGGGAAAAAACACAACUUUUACGGGAUUAACUCUUGCUACCUCCAUGGAUAA